AUGACCGAGACCACCAAGACCCACGUUAUCUUGCUGGCCUGCGGCAGCUUUAACCCCAUCACCAAAGGGCACAUUCAGAUGUUCGAAAGAGCCAGAGAUUAUCUGCACAAAACCGGGAGGUUUAUUGUGAUUGGCGGGAUUGUCUCUCCUGUCCACGACUCCUACGGAAAACAGGGCCUUGUGUCGAGUCGGCAUCGUCUCAUCAUGUGUCAGCUGGCCGUCCAGAACUCCGACUGGAUCAGGGUGGACCCGUGGGAGUGCUAUCAGGACACCUGGCAGACGACCUGCAGCGUGUUGGAACACCAUCGCGACCUCAUGAAGCGGGUGACUGGCUGCAUCCUCUCCAACGUCAACACCCCCUCCAUGACACCCGUGAUCGGACAGCCCCAGAACGAGAACACCCAGCCCAUUUACCAGAACGGCAAUGUGCCCGCCAAGCCCACUGCAGCCAAGAUCUUGGGGAAGGUGGGAGAGAGCCUAAGCCGGAUCUGCUGCGUCCGCCCGCCCGUGGAGCGCUUCACCUUUGUGGAUGAGAAUGCCAACCUGGGCACGGUGAUGCGGUACGAGGAGAUUGAGCUGCGGAUCUUGCUGCUGUGUGGCAGUGACCUGCUCGAGUCCUUCUGCAUCCCAGGACUCUGGAACGAGGCAGAUAUGGAGGUGAUUGUUGGGGACUUUGGGAUUGUAGUGGUACCCCGGGACGCAGCUGACACAGACCGAAUCAUGAAUCACUCCUCAAUACUCCGCAAAUACAAAAACAACAUCAUGGUGGUGAAGGAUGACAUCAACCAUCCCAUGUCUGUUGUCAGCUCAACCAAGAGCAGGCUGGCCCUGCAGCAUGGGGACGGCCACGUCGUGGAUUACCUGUCCCAGCCCGUCAUCGACUACAUCCUCAAGAGCCAGCUGUACAUCAAUGCCUCGGGCUAGCGGCCAUACAGCCCUCCGCUGCACUCUCCCCACGUCCUCCGCCAACACACU